AAACCCCAUAGGGAGCCACCUAUGCCUUUCCAACUGGGACGUAAAUUCAAAACCGCGACAGUUCUCACUGGACAAAUCUUGAUAUCGACGCAGCAGAGGAGGGGUGCAGCAUGAUUACAACCCAUCGUUGAGAACUCCAGCAAAUUGAACUCUUCUCUAAGCGGCCAACAUGGCGUCUCCUUCAAUGCUCACAAAGUUUGAGAGCAAGAGCAGUCGUGCAAAGGGCUUAGCUUUCCACCCAAAACGACCAUGGAUCCUCGUCAGCUUGCAUAGCAGCACCAUCCAACUAUGGGACUAUCGCAUGGGAACCCUGAUUGACCGCUUUGAAGAGCAUGAUGGACCAGUCCGUGGCAUCGAUUUUCACAAGACACAACCACUCUUUGUCUCAGGAGGAGACGACUACAAAAUCAAAGUUUGGUCCUACCAAACGAGGAGAUGUCUCUUCACCCUCAAUGGCCAUUUGGACUAUGUCCGAACAGUCUUCUUCCACCAUGAGUUGCCUUGGAUACUUUCCGCCUCUGACGACCAGACAAUCAGAAUCUGGAACUGGCAGAAUCGGUCUUUGAUCUGCACAAUGACGGGUCACAAUCACUAUGCCAUGUGCGCACAAUUCCACCCUAAGGAAGACCUCAUUGUUUCCGCCUCUCUCGACCAAUCCGUCCGGGUAUGGGAUAUUUCAGGACUGCGGAAAAAACACUCGGCGCCCACAUCGAUGAGUUUCGAGGAUCAAAUGGCCCGGGCAAACCAACAACAGGCUGAUAUGUUCGGCAAUACCGACGCCGUCGUCAAAUUUGUUCUCGAAGGGCACGAUCGAGGGGUCAAUUGGGUGGCUUUCCACCCGACCCUACCUUUGAUCGUCUCCGCAGGCGAUGACAGGCUUGUCAAGCUGUGGAGAAUGAGCGAGACCAAGGCGUGGGAGGUCGAUACCUGCCGAGGGCACUUCCAGAAUGUCUCUGCAUGCUUGUUCCAUCCACAUCAAGACCUCAUUUUGUCCGUGGGAGAGGACAAAACUAUCCGUGUCUGGGACCUGAACAAAAGAACUUCCGUCCAAUCCUUCAAGCGGGAGAAUGAUCGUUUUUGGGUGAUUGCCGCCCACCCUGAAAUCAAUCUCUUCGCCGCCGGUCAUGACAACGGUGUCAUGGUCUUCAAACUUGAACGCGAACGACCUGCGUCCUCCGUGUACCAGAAUCAGCUGUUCUAUAUCACAAAGGAUAAGCAUGUCCGAUCUUACGACUUUAUCAAAAGUGUCGAGUCCCCAUCACUUCUGUCACUUAGGAAGUUUGGCAGCAAUUGGGUGCCUCCUCGUGCACUCUCCUACAAUCCAGCAGAGCGGUCGAUUCUGGUCACCUCACCCACGGACAACGGCACUUAUGAGUUGAUUGCACUUCCACGAGAUGCCACAGGAGCUACGGAUCCUACCGACAUCAAGCGUGGAUCAGGUAACGCGGCAGUCUUUGUGGCACGCAAUCGCUUUGCUGUUUUCAGCUCUUCCACCCAGUUGGUUGAGAUCAAAGACCUCAGUAAUUCGACAACCAAAUCCUUCAAAGCACCUACCGGCACGACUGAUGUCACAUAUGGUGGCACUGGCUGUCUCCUUCUCAUCUCUCCCACAAACGUUGUCCUCUACGAUAUUCAGCAGAAGAAGCAGCUCGCAGAACUGAGUGUUACAGGCGUCAAAUAUGUUGCCUGGUCAAACGAUGGUCUCUAUGCUGCUUUGCUCAGCAAGCACAAUGUUACCAUCGUAAACAAAUCCCUGGAGCAAGUCAGCACUCUGCACGAGACAAUCAGAAUCAAGAGUGCCGCCUGGGACGAUUCUGGCGUCCUGCUUUACUCGACGCUCAAUCAUAUCAAAUACACUCUGCUCAAUGGUGACAACGGCAUCGUUAGGACGCUCGACCAGACGGUCUACCUCGUCAAGGUGAAAGGCCGCAAUGUUUACUGCCUCGACAGAUCCUCCAAGCCUCGAGUCCUCACAAUUGACCCGACAGAAUACCGAUUUAAAUUGGCGCUCGUGAAGCGUAAUUAUGAUGAAAUGCUCCAGAUUAUCAAGACCUCACCCCUGGUUGGGCAAAGCAUCAUCUCUUACCUACAGAAGAAGGGCUAUCCCGAAAUCGCCUUGCAGUUUGUGCAGGAUCCCCAGACGAGAUUCGAACUCGCCAUCGAAUGCGGCAACCUGGACGUUGCCACAGAAAUGGCCAAAGAAUUGGACAGGCCCAAAAUUUGGACACGCUUAGGCGCCGAAGCUUUAGUACACGGCAACCAUCAAACUGUGGAAAUGACCUACCAAAAACUUCGAAAUUUCGACAAACUCUCAUUCUUGUACCUCUGCACAGGCGACGAGGAAAAACUUACGAGAAUGGCCAAAAUUGCUGAGCACCGGGGGGAUUUUGUCUCUCGCUUCCAAAAUGCGCUAUAUCUCGGCGAUGUGGAGAGCCGGAUACAGAUGUUCAAAGAGAUCGAUCAGUAUCCCCUGGCUUAUCUUACUGCAAAGUCUCACGGACUGACCGAAGAAUGUCAAUCAAUACUCGAGCUUUGUGGGUUGACGGAAGAUCAAAUCUCGAUGCCCGAGUCCGGAGAAGGUCUCGCUCCUCCAAAGGUCAUUGUUCCUACCUACAAAGCAAACUGGCCAGUUAAGGAGGCAUCACAUUCCUCGUUCGAAAGAGCACUCCUCGGCGAGGUGGGAGUGGCUGUUGAAGACGAAACAAGCCCUGAUCUUCUCACAGAAGACGUGCCCGUGGCUGCAGACGGUGACGGACUCGCAGCAGAUGAGGAGGCGGAUGCUGGCGAAGGCUGGGAUAUGGGCGACGACAUCGGGCUCGAGACCGCAGGAAAUGACUCCGAUUUUGUCAAUGUGGACAACCCUGACGCACCUGCGGAAGCUGCUGGACCGGGCAGCUCAGAAGCAGAUAUGUGGUCAAGGAACUCUCCGCUAGCAGCAGAUCAUGUUGCAGCCGGCUCUUUCGACAGUGCCAUGCAACUACUGAACCGUCAAGUUGGGGCGGUGCAUUUCGAACCACUCAAGUCGAGAUUCCUGGAAAUUUACCAGGCGUCCAAAACAUUUCUACCUGCAAAUGCUGGCUUGCCUGCUAUUGUGAACUACGUUCGCCGCACAACGGAAGAGACGGACAACCGAAAGCUCCUGCCGGUCAUUCCUAGGAAUCUAGAGACCCUCACGAACGUUGACCUUCAGGAGGGAUACGCGGCCAUGAGGACAAACAAACUGGAGCAGGGUGUUGUAACGUUCCGGAGGCUGCUGCAAUCACUCCUCGUCAAUAUUGUUAGCUCACAAGCGCAAGUUGAUGAAGCCAAGGCGCUCAUUACGAAAGCGAUGGAAUACACGCUUGCGAUGAGCAUCGAGCUUGAAAGACGUCGACUCGCAGCUGCAGGUGGUGAUUCAGAAGCACAGCUUAAGCGACAGCUCGAGCUUUCGGCUUAUUUCACCAUGCCGAAACUUGAGGUCGCUCAUCGACAAUUGGCUCUCAUGGCGGCUAUGAAGUUGGCCUUCUCGAAUAGGCAAUACUCGAGUGCUUUGUCUUUUGCAAAUCGAAUCCUUGCCAACGGGGGCGCGGCCAAAUUGGUUGACCAGGCGAAGAAAAUCAAACAACAGGCAGAGCGUUCAGGGUCUAGCGACAAGACCGAAAUCGAAUACGACCAAUUCGCCGAUUUCGACAUUUGCGCCGCCUCCUUUACUCCAAUCUACACUGGGGCACAAAGCGUGUCAUGUCCGUUCGAUGGAGCCAAGUAUCAGAGCCAGUUCCAAGGACAGGUGUGCAAGGUCUGCGAGGUCUGCGAGAUUGGCGCCGCGGCCAGUGGUCUGCGGUUGUGGGUAAAGGGCCUGUGAGAGUAGGCAAUAAGGAGGUGACGACUUACCAAGAAUUUGACGACUUCUGAAUGGGACUCGCAGACCAGUACAGGUAUCACUGGAGCAACAACUUUGUGACUGCUCAGGACUGCUUCCGGCCCAGAACACAUCGCUAGGCUAGGCAUAGAUUCAUGAUACAAAGCGGACUGUCGGGACUGAGGCCAGGUUGGCUGUUCCCUGCAAGUAGGGGUCGCUCUCAGCCAGCCCUCGGAACAUCGACACGAUAUUCCGCAGCCUUGCUCUGUGGACAUCGGUCUGAAAGCGUCUGCCUUUCCCUGCACAUGAAAUUAGGCCCUAAAGUUUUUGUCAGGCUUACAAUUCCAAUGUCCUGGAGACUCGUCGGGAUCUUUGCAUGGUAGUCAAGGUCUGUAGGCAUGUAGUCUUUAUCAUGCUCAGAUUACCAGACCCGAUUUGACAUCGGGAGGACAUACUUUCGGUUCGGCUUUUCGAGCCUGGCCACAAGUCUACCUGUUUUUGUUAUAAUUGGUUCUGUUCGCCGAGGUUCUAUCCUCGACUCGCAGGUGGGCGAUGGGUGACAUUCCACCGGUAUUAACAGCCAAACCUAACAACCGGAAUUACCGAAAAUGGAUCUGGAGGUGGAGUUGGAGGUUUGCACAGAGGCGCCAGUGAAG